AGCUGUAGGAAGGUUUCGCUCUCCUUUUACUGAAAGCUUCCUUACCGAGACAGAAGGUGCCCUCAGAGGCUAGUUGUGCAGACUGUUCGUAUAGUUUCCUGUGUUCCUUGAGAAGGGAGAGUAAUUGAGAACUUGCCAUCCAUCUGCGCGGGCGUUGGUGUUUAAUGAGGACUGUCUUGGCUCUCCCACUAGACUACGAAGUAUGACCAUGAGAACUCGUUUGACGUGGUUGCAAGAAAAGUGCCUGCGAAAAUAUUUCGGAGAAAAGCGGUUUUCUCUUCUUUAUAAGGCGAGUGUGCAGGAGUUCUCGCAGCAGGAUUUGUUGGAGAAAUGCCAGGACCAAGGUCCUACCAUGAUAGUGCUUUACCAUGAAAACUGUGUUGUUGGCGUGUACCUGCAAGAGGGCUUCCAGGAAAAACGUGUUUCUAUCACUCUUUUUGCACUUCAAAAGACUGGAUUUUCAGAAUGUGCUCUACAACCAUAUUUGCCAGCUUCAUUGUUCUAUGCUAAAAAUCUUCUUGGUGAUAUGAAUGGUUUCUUUAUACUAUUAGAUCAAAAAAAGGUGAAUAUUAGUUCCAGGAUUUGUAAAAUCCUCGGACUGCCUCCUCAGCUUUCUACCAUGUCUAUUUACGACUGUGAAGCCUUUCGAUGCGAAGAGUUGUUGGAUGAGAGGAAGAUAAAAGGCAUUACUCUGUUACAGAGUAAUUUAUUGGAUGCCCUUAGAACCUAUAAGCCAUAUAGAGACCUGGUUCAUCAAACAAGAAUUCUGCUUCUGGGUCCUAUUGGAGCUGGAAAGUCUAACUUUAUCAAUUCAGUCAAGUCUGUUUUCAAGGGCAGGAUCACACACCAGGCCUUGGUGGGCUGUGAUAUAAAUGGAAUAUCUGACAAGUAUAGGACAUAUUCCAUCAUGUCCAGGAAUGAUAGUGGCUCCCUGCCAUUUCUGCUGUGUGACUCGCUGGGGCUGAGUGAGAACGCUGGCUUGCAUAUGGAUGAUUUAUGCUGCAUCUUAAAUGGCCACAUUCCUGACAGAUACCCGUUUAAUUCCGUUAAACCAAUUACUCCAAACCAUCCAAACUACAUUCAUGACCCACUGCUGAAGGACAAAAUUCAUUGUGUGGUGUUUGUGUUUGAUGCCAAUUCUGUUGAAAAGCUCUCUCGUGGACUGGUGGCAAAAAUCAAACAGGUUCGGAAGGAUUUGAUAAAACGUGGCAUACUCCAUUUGGCUUUGCUUACACAUGUGGAUAGACUGGAUCUGAUUACAAAAGGAGACCUGAUAGACUUAUACAAAUGUAUCCCUGUGACGCACAAGCUAAAAGCAGUCCAUAGAGACUUUGGUUUUGCCUUUUCUGAUAUCUUGAUGGUUAGUAAUUAUGUCGCGGAAUGGGAGCUGGACCCUGUGAAGGACAUUCUGAUCCUCUCUGCGCUGAAAGAGAUCCUGCACACUGCAAAUGAGUUCUUAGAGGAUUUGCCUUCGAACACACAAGUAGACUAGGGAUCUCCGAGCUUGAAGGUAUCAGAAGGGAAAUGUUCCCUUGUUGUAAAAAGAAAAAUAAGAAAAUUUAUCAUAUAGUAAUAAUUAGCCCAUCAACAGAAGAGUGAGAAAACGGGAGGAAGAAGGAGCUGAGUCUGGAAGGCAUUUUAAGUGUGCCAGGGAGAAGCACAUGUACAAAAUUACAGUGGGUUUGAUAAAAAAAUAAGGUAAAAGUAAUCACUAUGAAAAUAACUCCUGUUGGAUUUAUGUUCUGCAUCUAUGAAAAAUAAAAAUGAUUUAUUGUUAAAACAAGUCUAAGUCUAACUAAA